GAUUAUUUAUUUUUGCCAGUCUAAACAUCUGGCAAAUAAAAUAAACUACAUAUGUUGUAGUUUACAAGUAAAUUUUCACGAUUCAAGUUCAAGCAAGGAAAAGUAACAAGAGUACUCUUUACAUAUACACAUACACACAACACUACACAACACAACACACACACACACACACACACCAAACACACAUACCACACAUAAGUAACAUUUAUUACAAACCAUAUUACUAUGGGUGAGGGACUGUCAUGGAAUCACGAUGUGGUGCGCUGUCACGAGGCAACAGAGAUGCAGAGGAAUUUAAUUUGCAAAUUGAAAAGACUCGCUUGCUGCAUCGAUACUUGUGACAGAUACCAAAAAGCAACACAUGAACUUGGUGAGCCUUUUCCCCCAGAUUGGGCAGUCCCUCUUAUUACGUAUCCAAUGUCAAGACCAAGAGAGUGUGAUUUGUUUGACGCAGAAUUUCAGCCUGAACCUCCUCCAAAAGAUAACAUCUUAAAAAUUAAAGGUGGGAGACGUAUAAACCGUUGCAUUUGUGGAAAACGAGAUGGUUUGCAAGCAGACUGUGAACUUCCGGAAUGCACUGAUAAUGAACUCUGCUUAAUCAAACCAUAUCCUUUAUGUAUACCAAGCGGAAAUGCUGAAAUGUGUGUUACACCGUGCCAAGCAGAGAGGUUGCUAAGUUAUCUGAGCCCACCAGAUUAUAGCUCAUAUUAUGGCUCAGAGUGCAAAGAAAACGAGGCUUGCAGUCCGAAAUGUCUUGAAUGUAAUGCAACUUUGCGAGACAUUUGCAGAUGGAACCCUAGAUUUUUGAGGGGCAAUUCACUGUGCAACUACAACCCAAAUCCUGCUAUUAUGGCUGGCAGUUACAACAACUGCCUCUCACCGUGUUACACACAGUGUUAUCCUUAUGCAUCCUGGUGCUAUUCAGGAUACCCAGGAUGCUGAAAAUCAGUCAUUGGUAACGUUAUGAUGCCAUGGAAAACAACAGUAACAGCUUUUGUUUAAUGCAUGUACAGUUCAAAUAAUGUGGUUUGUUUUAAAUGGUACAAAUAAAAAAAAAAAGAAAAAAAAGAAAAAAAAA